AUGGCAGAAUUAAAUGUUAUUAAUGAAUUUCAACAUGAUUAUCGUCGAGAACAAGCAAUUUGGUGGUAUACACGUGAGUGUUUUAUCUAUCAAAUGCUCAAUCGAGCACUUCGAACAUUGGAUGCCGGUACAAUUAUUAAUAUGGGAUUUCUUAUUCGUGAUCUUCAUCAGCAACUGCAUCAACUACAUGAACAACAACUCCCAAAUUAUCAUGGUAAGCCUUUUAUAGUUUACCGAGGACAAGGUUUGUUGAAAACUGAUUUCGACAAACUCAGAAAAACAAAAGGUGGUCUACUGUCUUUUAACAACUUUUUAUCCACAAGUAUGAGAAAAGAUGUUUCUCUCCAGUUCGCCGAGAGUGUCUUAGAAAAUAUAGAUAUGGUUGGAAUACUUUUUAUAAUGACUAUUGAUCCUCGUGUCUCAUCAAGACCAUUCGCCUCUAUUAAGGAGGUUAGUUAUCACAAGAUAGAAGAAGAAAUUCUCUUCUCCAUGCACACGGUGUUUGAAAUAGGUACAAUUACACAAAUGGGCAAAAAUAAUCAACUUUAUCAAGUAGAACUUCAACUAACUGCUGAUGAUGAUGAACAACUUCGACAACUGACUGAAUAUAUGAGCAAAGAAGUUGUAGGUGGUACAGGAUGGAAUCGACUAAGUAUGUUAUUAGUCAAAACCGGUCAUUUCGAUAAGGCUGAAGAACUAUAUAAAGUACUACUUGAACAACCAUCGAGCGAGAGCGACAAAGCAACUUAUUACAACGAUCUUGGAUCUGUCAGAAAUGAUCAAGGCAAUUACAAACAGGCUAUUAAAUAUUACGAAAAAGCACUUGAAAUUCAAGGAAAAACUCUUUCUGCAAAUCAUCCUGAUUUGGCUACUUCUUACAACAACAUUGGUACUGUGUAUUAUAACAUGGGAGAAUACUCAAAAGCACUCCCAUUUCACGAAAAUGCACUUGGAAUCUGGAAAAAAGCUCUUCCUGAAUAUCAUCCUUUGCUAGCUAUUUCCUACAAUAAUAUUGGUAUGGUGUAUAAAUAUAUGGGGAAGUUCUCGAAAGCACUUUCAGUUUACGAAAAAGCACUUGAAAUCUAUGAAUAUCAUUCUACAAAUCAUCCUUCAUUAGCUACCUCCUACCAUAAUAUUGGUUCGGUGCGUAAGAAGAUGGAAGAGUACUCAGGAGCACUUUCAUUUUACGAAAAAGCACUUCGAAUCUGGGAAAAAACUCUUCCUGCAAAUCAUCCUUCAUUAGCUACUUCCUACCACAACAUCGGUACUAUGUAUUAUAACACGGAAGAGUACUCAGAAGCACUUCCAUUUUACGACAAAACACGUAAAAUCUUUGAAAAAACUCUUCCCGCAAAUCAUCCUGACUUGGAAACUCCAUACAAAAACAUGGGUAUGGUGUAUACUGUGAAGAAAGAUUACUCUACAGCACUUUUAUAUUACGCAAAAGCACUUGAAAUUGAAGAAAAAAUUCUUCCUGAAAUUCAUCCUGGCUUGGCUACUUCAUACAAAAACAUGGGUAUGGUGUGUAAUGAGAUGAAAGACUACUCUACAGCACUUUCAUUUUACGCAAAAGCACUUGAAAUUGAAAAAAUAACUCUUCCUGUAAAUCAUCCUUCGUUAGCUACUUCCUAUAACAACAUCGCUUAUGUCUAUAAAAACAUGAAAGAAUAUUCCAAAGCACGCUCAUAUUUUGAACGCGCUCUUGACAUUCUCAAAGUUUCAUUACCACUAAAUCAUCCUCAUCUUGAAAGUGAGAAACAAAACAUUGAAAUUGUAAAAGAAGAAUUAUAA